CCACGUCAGAUGGGACGCGCCAGGGUCUGGAGAGUAUGAGGGGAGGAGUGUGUGCCACGCAGGGCAUGAAGGUGGUCCUUAAAGUGGGACAGAACCCCUAUGGACUGCCCCCGAAACCUGCCAAACCAGACCAAAACGCGGGCCGUACCAACACCAGAAAUACAGGUGGUGCUGGUAACACCACUCAUCCCAGGAUUCCUAGCGGUGACGGCGGUGGUUCGGCAGGCACGGGUGGUGAGAACGGACCCCUUCCCCCCUCCAACGUGGCUGUCAUCGCCGGCGCCGCAGGAGGCUCCGCCUUUCUCCUCCUGGUCACCGCAGUGAUCUGCGUGGUGUGUUACCGGCGGCGACACGCCAAGCACUCGGAGUCCCACCACCCACCCCUGUCGCUGUCCUCCCUCACCAGCCCCAAGAGGCACGGCGGUGGGCACGGGGGCGGCCACGGGAGCGGGAAUAACAACGGCUCAGAACCCAGUGACAUCAUCAUCCCCCUGCGGACUUCGGACUCGGCGUACUGCCCUCACUACGAGAAGGUGAGCGGGGACUACGGCCACCCCGUCUACAUCGUCCAGGAGAUGCCCCCCCAGAGCCCAGCCAACAUCUACUACAAAGUAUGAAGGUCGUCACCAUGACAACCUACAGUACCACCA